AUGGUUAUUGAAAUUGAAAUGAUACCUACCUGGACAUUAGCUGCAAGUAUGAUAUGUUAUGUAUCGUACAUUAACAUUUGUAUGUGCAUUCAUUAUAUGUUGGUUCCUGGUACAGGGAAUGUGCUCAAGGUCCAACACCUUCUGGGUCAGUGCACCCAACAUCUUGAGAAGGGAGAAAGCCACCAGGGACCAGCUGUACUUGGGAUUGCUAUGGUAGCAAUGGCUGAAGAAUUGGGUAUUGAAAUGGCUAUUCGCUCGUUAGAGCAUCUUUUACAGUAUGGGGAGCAGAAUAUCAGAAGGGCAGUUCCUUUGGCUCUUGGUCUCCUCUGUAUAUCGAACCCUAAGGUCAAUGUUAUGGACACAUUAAGCAGACUUAGUCAUGACACUGAUACUGAAGUAGCAAUGGCUGCUGUCAUCUCCUUGGGGUUGAUUGGUGCCGGAACCAACAAUGCUAGAAUAGCUGGCAUGCUUCGCAACCUGUCAAGUUACUACUAUAAAGAAGCUAGCCUCCUUUUCUGUGUUCGAAUCACUCAAGGUCUUGUACAUAUGGGGAAAGGCUUGAUGACUCUUGGACCAUACCAUUCGGAGCGCUUCUUGCUAUCCCCGUAAGUGUGUUUAUUAUGAGAAAUUGGGCUCUCCAUAGGAACUUUUUAAUUCUAGGACUAGAAAAAUUCACAAUCAAGCGCAAG